AUGGCUACUGCUGACGUGCAAGAAUCUCCUUCAUUAGGCUUUUCAGUAAAAACACCAAGAUUCCUACCUCGUGGUUUACAUCCAGAAUUAUUAACACGUAUUCAAUUACAAAGUAUACCACAUGUUGCUCCUGGUACUCAUGAUCAGUUACAAUAUGGUGAUUUUAGUGAAAAGAAUCUUCAGAAAAAGAUUGAAGGACCUAAUUGGCAACAAGGAUUAUAUACAGAACAAAUGGCCAAAAUUCCUCAUUCAUCAUUUAAAGAAACGUAUGAUAGACGAAAAGAAGAUGAACGACGUGUUGGUCCGGGUAUUUACAAUAUUACUGAUUUUUUAACUGAACUUGAUCAAAAACCUCAAUGUGAACGUGGUGCACUUGAUCAAUUAGCACCUCGAUUUCCAAAAGAUGAAUUAGAUAGAGCACCACCACCUGCUUCAUAUGGUAUUCCUGAUAAAAAACUUGUAGAAAAACAUUGGCAACAAGGUAGUAAUGUUCCUUCAUUCGAAUGGAGACAAGGACCAAGAUCAUUACCACUUCAGGGUACAAAAUUAGGUCCAGGAACUUAUAGUAUAAAAAAUUCAAUUGAUGAAUUAGUAAAUAAACAUGUUAGUGAAAAAGGUCCUUAUCAAGUUUUUACACUCGAUCGUUCAGCACCGAUAGCAACUGGCCAUUAUUCAUUAUUAGAUCAAUGGGAUUUAUCACCUGAUUUUCCAUCAAAAGAUUAUCCAGAAUCAACAUCAAAUUUAAUUCAAAUAGAAAAACGAAAAAAACAUGGAUUAUUUAGUAAAUUAGAACGUUUUCAAAAAAAACCUACGGAUCGAAUAUCAAUUGAACAUCCGGGUCUUGAACCAAAAAAUGUUACUUUUCCUGGUCCAGGUGCUUAUGCAACAGUUCGUCAAUGGGAGGAACAUGAUUUUCAUAUGAAAAAAGUUCCAUUUAAUGGAACAUCAUCAAGAAAUGAUAAACGUUCAUUUACAAAUACUGGUGGUUCAAAUUCCGUAGGUGUUGGACGAUAUAAUCUUCUUGGACCAAUCAGAGAUGAAACAAUAGCUGAUAAACGAAAACGACCAAGACGACGAAAUAUUGGUUUUUCAUCAACUGCAAAUCGUUUUACAUCAGCAAGUGGAGAAGCCUUAUUGAAUGAACGUUUACAACCUCAAAAUCUUCGAAGCGAACAACGAACACAAUUAUAUCUCACUGGCCACGUCUAA